AUGGUAUUUGUCAGACAGAUGUCACUACUUCGCUAUCGGCUGCUGGCGGCCAUGUUGGCUUUGCUCCUUUUCCUCAGCUCCUUCUGGUUACCUCAGGCUGGGAUCAGAGACUGUGGAACUGCGUGGCAUCCAUGUUUGACUUACUACAAACAAACACCCCCAUUGGCUGCCGUCACAGCCCCGCCCCUCAUCCAGGAGUGUCCAGGCCAGUCGUUUCAGACUUGGCGUCUGCUGUUGUAUUUGAAGUCCAGUCUGAGUGAAGAUGAUGACAUCCUGUUGGAACCGUACCUACAGGCCUGGGAUCAGCUCAUCAAAUUUAUGGAGUCUCUUGGAACCAUGGUCAGUUUUUUCUCUCAGAAGGUAAAGGAAAAGGUCAUAGUGAUCCGUAAGCUGUCGGUCCAGCGCAGCCUGGAGGCUUCUGGGAAACAUGGUCGGCCUGCGGAUCCCAGACUACAAACCCCACCGUCCUUUGGGCUGAAAAGCGGGGUAUAUCGUUCGGUUCAAUCUAUGGUGGAGGCGGAGCUAAAAGAGGGUGUGGUCAGCUUCUCUCGGCGCACAGAUUCGGGCUGCAGGAUGUUGCUGAGGCUGCAUCGGUCAUUGCUGUGGGUGAAGCUGAUGUUGGAGGGUUUGGCUGAAGGACCCACUGCUGACGGACGCUAUAAAACACCUGGAGAACUCAGCAGGGAGGCCUAUAGGGUGGCGUUGGCCCCCCACCACCACUGGGUGCUCCGACAGGCUGCAGAGUUAGUGUUCCUCGCUCUCCCGGAGAGGAAGUACUUCCUGAAGCUGGUGUGUGUGCAGAGCCAGCAGGAGGCCACGCCCAUCUUACGCAUCAUCAUCCACGCUCUGACACUGGUGCACACGCAAACACAACGAAUCCUGGAGCAAAACAACAUGCUUGAGUUGCCCUGAGCGACCAACGACCACCUCAACAAGA